AAAAAAGGUGUGAAAUUCUUUCGAAAACGUUUUAUUAGUUCAUCCUUGUUAACUUUUGUUUUUGUAAGAUGAUUUAUCCGAAAAUUCAAAAUUUACAAAGGAACGAAUAUGAUAACAAUUUUGGUUUAUUUUCUAUAGCUAGUUAUUUUAAUGCCUAAUAAUAUAUUUUCUGGUGUUCACUUCUUGAACUCAAGUUAUCCUUAUUUUACAAAACGUUUUCUUUUCAGUUUUAAGUCAGAAAAACCACCAUCACCAGAAUUGACUAAGUAAAUUUUUAUGCAUCAAAAGCAUUCUAGAUAUUUGGUUAUAUACAUCACGAGCAAUAGUUGUAUUACUAGGAUGAAAGUAACGCAGUAUCUCGAUUAAUGAUGUCAGUGGCUGUUUUAUCAAAACUGACUAAUGGUACUGGAAACAAGACGACUGCAGAACGAAUAUGCUCACAUUUAAAGAAGAGAUACGCCACACACCUUUGUGAUAUUUCUGAUUUUGAAUCGUCAAGAAAAUUCAACGAAUAUGUUAUUUUGCACGAAAUAAAAGCCGUUAUUGGAAUCCAUCUUGUUCAUGCUGGCUCAUUACUAGUAGAUAGUGUGGUGCCAUUUGCAUUGAUUUUUGGUGGAACUGACUUGCACGUGUCUGUAGAAAACACUUCAAAAGCAAACCUCAUGAUGGAAGUAGUCAAGAAAGCAAGGUGGAAUAAGAAAAGUGUAGAAUACAUUUUUGUUUUUCGUUCCAAGGAUGAAGUAGCAUGUUCUUUUCAGAGGUAUCUUAUCGCUUUUACUGAUGACAUGAAGAACACAGCAAUAAAAAUGUGGGAUGGGCUUGCAGAGAAUUCUAUCAUUGUGCAACCUCAAGGUGUUCAGACAAUUCCAGGAAUUUAUGGAUUUGAAGAUCUGUUUUCAAAUCUUGAGAAGGAAGCAAUGAAAGUUACGAUUGACCAAAUGCGCAUCUUUUUAUUGGUGGGUGGUAUAAGACCUGUAAAAGACGUCACUUUUCUCUUUGAUGUGUUUUCAGAUUGGCAUCAACAAGAUCCAUCUAUUUGCUUGGUUGUGAUUGGUCCAGAGUUGGACAUUUGUUAUGCUAAAUAUUGUAGAGAUAAAAUUGAAAUAUUGGAAGGGAUAUACAUAUUUCCCCAAGUUUCGUUAGAACAAACUCAUGCUUUGAUCAAAAAAAGUUUUGCACUUGUCAACUCAUCACUCAAUGAAGGUAUGGCUAGUGCAGUUUUAGAGGCGUUACAUAUUGGUACACCUGUUUUUGCUCGUCGUAACACCGGCAACAGUGCUGUCAUUAAUGACGGAAUAAAUGGAAUUUUGUUCGACUCUCCCUUGGAAUUUAAAGAAAAAGCUGAGAAUUUAUUGUCCAAUUUAAAAAUGAAACAUAAGUUGGUUUCAAAUGGGACGAAAUACAUUGAAGAAAAACAUGAUUAUAAGAAGGAGCUGGAGACCUAUCUAACGGUAGCCGAAGAGUUACUAAACUGCAGGACGUUGUCAACGUAAAUUGUAUGUUAUGGAACGGCAAGGCUGCCUUAUUCGAUGAUUUCAUUCGGUCAUAAAAUACUAUUUGUCGCUAAUUGUAUUCAAUUUUGUUAUAAUUCAUUCGAUUUUGUAAAAAUUCAUUCGAUUGUGCGCUAAA